UUUUAAUUCACUAGGUAAGAUAUGAUGAAAUGAUUCUAAUGUUUGAAUUAAUUAAUAUAUUGGUGGGGGGGGAGGUAAGGAGAGUUGUUACAAUUUACAAUAAGUACUAGAUAUAUAUAGAGAGUUUAAUUAGCCAGAAAUUAGGAUGAU